UGAUAUUAAAAUGACAGUUGCACGAGUUUAUUCCCUACUCAUACCGCAUUCACAUCACCUGAUAUAAUAACAGGUGUGACACCCUUUACCUGUACACACAACAAGUACAGUUGGAAGAUAGUAAUGUAUAAAUUGGUGUUUGUAUUAACGACCAUACUCAGAUACAUCACACAAGGAGAAAAAUGGAAUGAAGAUUCUCCAUAUUCAGCACCCCCGAGCACGAAUUCUAGUAUUAGAGUUGAAUUUAACGAGACUAGAACACGAAUUUUGCUAGGAACCAUCACCAAUUUCGGCUCCAGGACCACAGGAAGCUCGAGGGAACGAUCGGCCAGCAUCUACAUCCUCAAACAGUUAUGGAACAUCAGAAAACACAGCAAAACUUCCAACCCCCUUCGUAUACAAAUCCAACGAGCCAGUGGGCACUUCUAUACAGACUUCGUAGACGGGAUGACCGUAUAUUACAGAGCAGUAACGAAUUUAGUGGCUAAAAUUGGACCCCCGAACUCCCCAAGUCUAUUGUUGGCAUGCCACUACGACACACUACCAAGUAGUACAGGUGCUACUUCUAGUGCUUUCCAUUGUUCGGUCAUGAUCGAGUUACUCUACGUCAUCUCGCAGUACGAAUCGACUAUUGAGAACUCUAUUGUCUUCCUCUUCUGUGCUGCUAGCGAAUAUACACAUUUAUCUGCCCAUGGAUUUGUAACUAAGCAUCCCUGGAGUAAAAACGUCACAGCAUUUAUUAACAUGGAUAGCAUUGGCACUGAAGGAAGAUUAAUGGCCAUCGAAGCAGGACCAGAUAACACGUGGAUGAUAGAAGGAUUCGCUUAUAGCGUAACUUCGCCCUUAGCAUCCAUCAUUAUCCAAGAGAUAGUUAACAGUGGGAUUUUCUGGAGGCAUACAGAUUUUAAGACUUUCUGCCAUCUUGGAAAGUGGCCAGGUCUGGAUUUAUCUUACGCACAAAAUGGCUACCUUCAACGUACCAAAUAUGAUAAUGGAUCGAAGAUCUCUUUGCAGAAAUUCAGUAGGACAGGUAAAGAUUUGUUAGCACUAAUUAACAAACUACUAAAAUCACCGUAUUUAUUAUAUCCGGAACCAUUUAAAAAUGCAAAAUUUGUAUAUUUUGAUGUCCUUGGAUGCUUCCUGGUAUCAUACAGCACUCGACUUGGCACUGUUAUGAACGAGAUAAUAUGUCUUCUGACGAUUUUAGAAAUGGCAAUUAAGAUAAAACUAGAGAGAGUUGAAGGAACCAGUUUAGGAGAUCACGUUAUUGAUAUCUUCUCCGGUUUUAUUGUUACUGCUUUCGGCUGCUCACUAGCAACCGGAUGGAAUGCUGCUUUAGGUGCAAUUUUGGAGAUAGCAGGCCAUUCCAUGACUUGGUACACUAAAACCUAUUGGAUAGUGGGUCUGUACGUAUGUCCGUCCUUAGCCUGCUUCAUAAUAACGCACUGGAUUGCUGCUUACGUUAGAAGGAAGACCAAUCGACUAGACUGGCUAGCCGAGGAUAAAUUUUAUGAUUCCACAAGGGUAUUUUGGAUUAUCUUAACUUGUACCCUAUCUAGAUGCGAUUACCAAGUAGCUUACGUUUGUAUCACUUGGGUGCUGUUUCCAACUAUUAUUAGAAGUCUCUUAGGGCGCCUUUUAGUAGAUUUUUCGGCAAUAAGAGAAUCACGUGGCAAACCUAAGUUAUUAGUGUUACUUCACUUUGCUAUGCAGAUAAUACCGCUCGUAAUUACAAUAUACACUUGUUGGAUGAUAUACCUUCUUCUCGUGCCCAGUAUGGGCAGAAUGGGAAACGAAACACAUCCCGAUAUCAUCAUUGGCAUCACAACUGCUCUAUUAACAUUUUCGUGCGUAUCUUAUUGGCUAACUCUCGUCCAGAUAUCUCAUCCAGUGCACAACUACUUGCCAUGGUUGGUUGGUAGUUUAGCCAGCAUUAACGUUAUUACUUUGCUCUUGGUCUUCUCUACUAAAAUGUCAUUUCCAUAUUCAGGAGAUGAGAUUCGUGGCCCAACUCCUCAGUUAUAUUUUAUAGUAAACGUGGAGAGAAUUUAUAGGAAUAUUAAAGGAGACGUUCAUAAAUCCGAUUCGGGUCUGUGGCUGGUUCCUAACGAUGCUGUGGGCAUAGAACCACUAACAGAAGAAGUUAGCCAGGUUAAAAAGGCCCAAAAAAUAUCCUGCCAAGAGGAAUUAAUGUGCGGGAUGCCCUUCCAUCUUCCACUCAUUUCGAGAUUUAAGAAGAGUUAUUAUUUAAAGACAGAGACGAAAUUUUCUCUGAAGAAGGAGAGGAUGUUCAAGUUAGUUUCGUUACACGCUGUUACAGAAAAUGUUUAUAGAUUGACAUUUAUUGUCAAAGGUAAAUAUCAUUCUUUACUUUCUUUAAUGCCAGAUUUUUUUAUGUACUUUUAA